CACAAUUAAUUGCAUAUUUACAAGUGAACGCGAAAGCCGCAAAAAGACGCGCGAGUGAAUUAACGAGAACAAAACAAUUACAUCAGGUGAGUAAAGUGAUAUUAUUUAUACAAAAAAUGAAGAGGAAAACAUUUUAUAAUGAAAUGUGCAAAGUUAAAAAUGAGUGUGAAAGAAGUUCAGUGCGAUACGAAAGUUUAUCGGAAUUUAUAUAUAUUUUUCUUUUUAAAAUAAUGCAUCGUUGGAGCAAUAUGAUGGAGUCGAAUGAUAUUUUUAAUGUGACGCCACCAUCAACUUCCACUCCUAAGGGCUUAAAAAGGAAAAAAGUGCAACUAUCGCAUAAUUUUUACGCUAGCUCUUCAAGUCAAGUACUAACUCCGCACAGCCAAAACAUGUUUUGCUCUGAAGAAACUGCAACUGCUUCCGAGGGCUUAGAUGCAAACAAAGAUAUAAUGGCCAAGUUAGAUUUAAUUUUGGAAAAGCAAUUGAACUUGGAAAGUCGCCUGGACAAAUUGGAAGAAAACAUAAUUAAUAAAACUGAUGUCAUGGCCCACCACAAAAUCGUGCGAGAGACGAAAGUCCUAGUAAAAAAGGUGCAGCAGACAGUGUGCCGCAUCUCGGGAGAAAGUUGCGAAGACUUUCACACCGAACUGGCAGUUCUUAUGCCAAUGCAGACCUUGGAUGCGGUCUUUGAUUUGGAGGAGAAGAUAUUAGAAAAAAAUUAUGAAGAUGCAGUUAUAACAUAUCUUUUCACUUUAAAGGGCACUUCUGGGGACAUUGGCGAGGUUGUGAAGCGAGUUUUUGGCGACGAAGUCCUCAGUUUGUUCAAUUGGGAUGGGAGGUGCGGGAAGAAAUCGCUUUCAGAAUUAAAAAUAGUUAGCGUGGCUCUAUUUGAAAUUUUCAAACUGCAUGGACGCAUCGACUUCGAAAAGGAAGUCCGAAAGAGCGUUGAGCAAAGCCACAACAGGCAAAAGCAAAAACGCUAUUUGCUGAACAAAAAAAACUUAUAACAAAAUUGUAAAUUUUUCUUAAAAUACUAAUAUAAAAGAAAACAUACAAAAAAAAUUGAUUUUUAUUUCUAAAUAUAUUUUGCGGUAUUCCAUUAUGGCAAGUAAAAAACUAUAGUAUUUCACUUUGUAUUUAACUGCAAAAUGACGGUCAAAAAAAUUGUCAAAUCACUAGAAGUUUUACUCUCAUUUCACCACACAUUUUCUCAAAAAAUGACCGUCAGUAAACUAGUAAAUCUGCGGAAAAGCUACUAGUUAAUUUACUGGUAAAACACCGGGCACAUAUAACGUGAAUGAGCGGUGCAGCUAUACAUUUUGUUAUGCUACUAAGCUUUGAGUAAGAACGGUAUAUA